AUGGCAUCCAACUCCGUCAAGGAGUCCGCCCAUAAUGCGGCCGUCUCCGCCCAACAAACUACCAAAGCCGCCAUCGAGAACCCGGCGCAAACCACCUCCACCAUCCUGCACCACCCCUACAUGCGCGCCGCUCUUCCCUUUGUCAACGGCGGCUUGGCUGGUAUGACAGCCACCAUCGUAAUCCAACCCGUCGACAUGGUCAAGGUGCGCCUGCAACUCGCUGGCGAAGGUGCCCGCACCGGCCCCAAACCCUCCGCCCUCGGCAUCACCAAGGAGAUUAUCGCUUCUGGUAAAGUCCUCGACCUCUACACCGGUCUCUCGGCCGGUCUCCUCCGCCAAGCUGUCUACACCACCGCCCGCCUCGGCUUCUUCGACACUUUCAUCAAGAAACUAAAUGCUCGCGCCGACGAGCAAAAGCGCAAGGUCACCUUUGCCGAGCGCGCCGCCGCCGGUCUCUCCGCUGGUGGUAUCGCCGCGAUGAUCGGUAACCCGGCCGAUCUGGCCCUAGUGCGCAUGCAAUCCGACGGUCUCAAACCACCCGAGGCACGCGCAAACUACCGCUCCGUCUUUGACGCGCUGGUUCGCAUCCCCAAGCAAGAAGGUCUGGCUGCGCUGUGGGCGGGUGCCUUGCCCACGGUUAUCCGCGCAAUGGCGCUGAACAUGGGUCAAUUGACCUUCUUUGCGGAGAGCAAGGCCCAGCUUAAGCAGCAUACUAGCUUGUCCCCGCAGAACACGACGUUCGCGGCUUCUGCGAUCGCGGGUUUCUUUGCUAGUUUCCUCUCGUUGCCGUUUGACUUUGUCAAGACUCGUCUGCAGAAGCAGCAGAAGGAUCCCGCGACGGGCAAGGUGCCGUAUAAGGGUGUGUUGGAUUGCGCGAGGAAGGUUGUCCAGGAGGAAGGGUGGUUGCGAUUCUAUCGUGGCUUUGGCACGUACUAUGUGCGGAUCGCUCCUCAUGCGAUGGUGACUCUCAUCGUGGCCGAUUAUCUUAACCUCAUUACUAAAUAG